AUGGCGCCAAUCUCUCUGUCAAUCCGCAAAGCCGUGCCCGAGGAUGCUCCAACUGUCCUUGCAUUGGUGCGCUCGGCAUACCGAGGCGAGUCUAGCCGCGCUGGUUGGACCACUGAAGCAGACCUUGUCGACGAUCAGCGAAUAGACCUAGAAGGAGUCCUUGCUAAGAUCAAUGAGCCAUUUGGCGCGGUUCUUGUUGCCCACGAUGCAACUGGCGACAUGAUUGCAUGCUGCGAAAUUCUCAAGCAAAACGACACAGUUGGAUACUUUGGCCUAUUUGCUGUAAACCCGCUGCGUCAAGCCGGAGGCAUUGGGCGCAUCGUUUUGGCCAGGGCAGAAGAAUACGCCAAGCAGACCUGGGGGUUGUCUGAGAUGGAGAUGAGCGUCAUUUGGACUCGCGAGGAAUUAAUACAGUAUUAUCUGCGUAGAGGUUACCAGAGAACGGAAAAGAAGAAGCCUUUCCCCUACGACAGUCUUGUGAGCGGGAAGGCGCUGAGAGACGAUUUGUACUUUUCGGUGUUGGUCAAGGCUCUUUGA